AUGUAUCAUGUUGCGCAAGAAAGAGUAUGGAAUGCACUAUUAACAAACAUAAAUAAGUAUAGAGAUUUUGAAAUAAAGAUUAUUGGGCAUUCAUUGGGCGGUGCAAUAUCAUCAAUAAAUGCUGUUGAUUUCGGUUAUAAUGGUAAAUUAAAUUUAUCAAGUUAUACAUUUGGUAGCCCGCGUACUGGAAAUCAGGGUUUUACCUUAGCUUAUCAUGAUUAUUGUCAACAACAUUGGCGAAUGACUCAUGAUGAAGAUCCAGUUCCACAUUUACCACCAGUUAUUGCAGAGUUCUUGCAUGUUACACAUGAAGUAUGGCAGCAUGAUAUAAUUGGAAAAUAUGUUAUUUGUGAUAAUCCGUCGUGGGAAACAAAUGAGAAUAAGUAUUGCGCUAACAGUGAAACAUUAUGGUGGUUUCAUUUUAACUUGAAGGAUCAUAAUUAUAUGAACUUAACAAAUUCAUCCGCUGUUCAAAAUUAUAUUAAAACAUUAAAACCAUAUGAUCAGAUUAAAUUAAAACCUUAUUUAUUACGAAACCAUUAA